AUGGUCGUCGUGCGCUCCGCAGCCCAGUCGUUGCCUACCAUCCGCCGCGCGGACAUCGGCGCUCGCAUCCUCGCCGGCGAGCACCUCCUCAUCUACCACGGCCUCGUCCUCCGCGUCCCCCAGUCGUGGCUCGCGGCGCACCCCGGUGGCGAGACCGCGAUCCUGCACUACGUCGGACGUGACUGCACGGACGAGGUCGACGCGUUCCACCCGGACGAUGUGUGCGAGACGAUACGGAAGUACGCAGUCGGCGCGCUCGACGCGAGCGCGUUGCCGUGGCACCCGUACGUGCCGCCCGUGAUGACGGGCUGGGUGCGGAAGCAGGGGCCUGACGGCGCAUGGGGCUGGUUCAAGGAGGCCGACGCGUUGAUUGGCGAGGGCGACGCGGAUUCGCUGUUCCCCUCCUCGCAGAUUCUACUAGUCGAGCGCGACACGCUAGACGCAGCGCAUGCCGCGUACCCGAACGAGAAGGGUCCUAUUGACGCGAAGGACGGUCCGACGCUCGCACUUAUCACCCCCGGCCCUGCUAGUGGUCUGUCCCCCGAGAUCCAGGCGCGCCACUCUCAGGCCUGGCAUGAGCUACGCAAGCGCAUCGAGGACGCCGGGCUCUUCCAAUGCAAGUACAUCCGCGGGUACGGUCCGGAGGUCGUCCGCUACACGAUGCUCGCCGCGACCUCGAUCUGGUGCUUUAAGCACGACUACAUCUUCUUCAGCGCACUAUGCCUUGGCUUGUUCUGGCAGCAGCUGGUGUUCACUGCGCACGACCUGGGGCAUGUGGGGGUUACGCACAUAUGGGAGAUUGACAGGCUGAUUUCCAUCAUCAUCGCGGACUUCAUUGGCGGGCUGAGUAUCGGGUGGUGGGUCGAUAACCACAACAUCCAUCACCUCGUCACGAACCAUCCUUCUCAUGACCCCGACAUUCAACACCUUCCCUUCUUCGCCAUCUCCCCCGUCUUCUUCAAGAACCUCUUUUCCUCAUACUACAAGCGCACGCUCUACUUCGACAUGUUCGCCGACAUCUUCAUCCGCAUCCAGCAUAAGCUCUUCUACAUCGUCAUGGCGUUCGCCCGAUUCAACCUCUACGCGCUCUCAUACGGCCACCUCUUCAAGCGGGCAUUCGACACUCGCCGCACGAAGGGUGGUCGCUGGGCUUGGUGGCUCGAAGUCAUUGGCCUCGUCGUCUUCUGGUAUUGGUACGGAAACGUGCUUGCGAAUUGCGGCUCGUGGCAGAAGGCUCUCAUGUUCCUGCUCGUCAGCCAUGCGGCGACGAGCCCGCUGCAUAUUCAGAUCGUCCUCUCUCACUUCUCAAUGUCUUCCGCCGACCUAGGUCCCCUCGAGUCGUUCGCCGCGCGCCAGAUGCGUACGACGACCGACGUGAUUUGCCCGCGCAAAAUCGGCUUCAUCCACGGCGGCCUCCAUCUACAGGUCACGCACCACCUCUUCCCGCGUCUACCUCGCCACAACCUGGACGACGCUGCCCUCAUGGUCAAGGAAUUCGCCAAGGAGCAAGGCCUAGUGUAUGCCGAAUUCGGGUUCAUUGCAGGCAACCAGGAUGUGUUGGGCACGCUGAGGAACGUAGCGGAGCAGGUCCGUGUCAUUGGGCAUGUCGCGGCGGAAGAGGCGAAGGAGGCAUUCGACAAAAAACUGAAGGACAGCGAAAAGCAAUGUGAGCAAAUCGAAAAGACGAUCUGA